AUGGCUCAAAGAAAUUUAAUUGUUUCUAUCCAUUCCGAAGGGCCACUUUUCACAGAUCCAAGUGAGGGAUUCUCAUUUUGCAAUACGAAUUUAACUAUGUUCAAAAUCCACAUCAACUCCGACUUUCAUCAUUUAAAAGACCGUAUUGAAAAAAAGUUGCAACGUUAUGUUGAAGACAUCAUUUAUCGUCAACCAUUAUCUAAUGGAGAUGAUAAUACCGUCUUUUACAUAAUGACACCCAUUGAGACCGACGAAGAUGUCAGGUCGAUGUUUCAAUGUCAUGUAACAUUAUCUCAAUUACCCAACAUUGAGAUAUAUGUUCGUCUAGUCGAUAAUCUUGAAGAACAACCGAGUCACAAUGAAUAUGUUGAAGAACAACCGACUCACAACGAAAAUCACGGUUAUCCAACGCAAUUUGUACAGUCACACGACUAUGGAAUGAGUCAAGCCAUUGACGAAGAGCCGACUCAAAAUAAUGAACCUUUCAUACCAAAUGAAGAGGUAGGCGAGAAUAGUAAGGAUAAUCUUGAGGAGGUUCGAUUUGAAGAUCUAUUUGGUGUUAGCGAUGACGAUGGCAAUGAGGACAUAUUCAACACACCGACCGUUGUACUAAGAGCGCAACCAAUUAGUUUGUACAACCCACCUGCACACAUGCAAAACAUAAGUUUGGAUGAUGUUGAACCAAUCUCCGUUUUUGGCAGUUUCAUACCAACUCACAAUUUUGACGAAAUAGAGGAGGGCAUCGAGUACGAAGAUAAGGAAGAGUGUGUUUUGGCGUUGCAACAAUGGCAUAUAAAACGUAGUCUAGAUUUUUCUGUGGUUAAAUCUGACAAUGUACGUUUUGUCAUCAAAUGUAGAAAUUCAACAUGCAAUUUCAAAUGCAGGGUCUCUUUGCGCAAGGGCAACUCAAGGUGGAGAGUUGGUAAGUCUAGUGGGCCUCAUACGUGCACAACCACUUCCAUGUCACAAGACCAUACAAAACUCAGUUCAGAAAUGAUUAGCAAGAGCAUAAUGGAGGUUGUAAAUCGGGACGCUUCUCUUAAGGUGAAGGUUAUCAUCGCUCAUGUUGUUGAGAAAUACAGGUAUAUCAUAUCAUACAAAAAGACAUGGAUUGCAAAGUGUAAGGCAAUUGAGUCGCUGUAUGGAAAUUGGGAGACAUCUUACAACGAUCUUCCGCAGUGGAUACUGGUAAUGAAAACAUAUCUACCAGGUACCAUUAUAGAAUUACAAUCCUUACCUGUGAUUUCAAAUGAUGGUUCAUACUUGGGUGACCAAAGGAUAUUUCAUCGUCUGUUUUGGGCAUUUAGACCAUGUAUACGUGGUUUCGCGUAUUGUAAACCAAUUGUGCAGGUUGAUGGAACUUGGUUUAAUGGCAAGUACAAAGGGACUCUGUUGAUGGUUGUGGCACAGGAUGGGAACGGGAACAUAUUUCCGAUAGCAUUCGCAUUGGUUGAAAAUGAGAUAAAGGAAGCAUGGAGUUUCUUUCUUAAGAAUUUGAGAAUGCAUGAAUCGAUAAAGAGUGCAUACAACAACCCGGAAAAUGGAUGGCAGUUUCCUCCUUCAUCACACGUCUAUUGCAUUAGACAUAUCGCGCAAAACUUCAUGCGCGAGAUUAAAGACAAGGAUCUGCGGAAAAUAGUUGUUAACAUGGGUUAUGCGUUAACAGAGGCAACAUUUAACUACUAUCGGGGGGAAAUCCGAAGAACAAACAACGACGCUUUAUCAUGGAUAGACAACAUCCCUCGGGAGAAGUGGACAAGGGCAUUUGACGGAGGGCAACGCUGGGGUCACAUGACAAUUAACCUAGCUGAAGCAAUGAACUCGGUGCUAAAAGAAACCCGAAACCUUCCAAUCACUGCAUUGGUCAAAUCUACGUACUAUCGUUUAGGAUCACUAUUUGGUAGAAGAGGCCAUCAGUGGACAAAAAUGUUAGCCUCUGGGUAG